CCCCAAAUCUGACUCUCUCUCUCUCUCAAAGAAUCUUCCCGAAACCCUAUAAAUCAUCCCAUCGCCGUCAUCCACGCCACCGUCUCAGACUUCAUGUCCAUCGUCCAGCGCCUCACCGGCCCGUCUUCUUCAUCUAUAUCUCCGUCCGGCGCCGGAGACCUCUCUCCUGCUGCGAGGAUCGCCUCCAUCGAGAAAACCAGCCUGUCGGAUAGAGAGAGAGACAGGGCCGGCAACGCUGCCGCGGUUAUGGGUAUGGUGGAAGGAGAGGGAGCAGUAGAACUGGGUCAGGCUCAUCCGGGGAUAUCAUCUCCUGCGCCGACUACUUUGGCUCCAAUUCCCGAUGGUUUCUUCUCUCCAGGAAAUGAACCGCACAGCUUUCCUCCGUUCCACGAUCUGAGUCCGUUUUGGCAUAAUGGGUUCACGGCAAGUCCUUCGGGGUUGUUUUCAGCUCCUUUGAUUUCUCCAUCUCCUUCUUCGAUGGACUUAUUCAACAAUUUUUUGGACUUUUAAGGCUUUAGCUCUGUGCCGCCGUGCUUUGGAAGGAAGAAAAACCACGAAAACGCCUGCAAAUUUUCACAUUUCAAAGUGGUAAACUAUUUUUCAUUGACUGACUUUUGGUGGAAUCAAAAUUUUCCAACAUAACUAUUUGUUUUUUUUUUCUCCUCAUUAAUAUAAUCAGAAAAAUGUUUAUACCACUAGGCUUGUAUUCUAAUUGGGUAUGAAUCCAAUUAUGUAAUUUUUGGGGA